CUUUUCUGCGCGUGGUGGCUUUGUUUGUGACAGUGGACUGGAAAUGCAAUUAAAAAAGUCGAGAUCCUCAAGGAAUGUGGACUCUCUCUCUUCAAUGAUAAAUCCAAAGUAAAUAUUCCCUACGUUUCCCUAUCAUCGCAAUCUUCCCACCCAAAGCUCCCCAAAUCAACCAAAUUCACUCGUUCCAUAUCUGUGUAAUCUCUCUGUUUUCUUCUCCUCCGAAAAAAAAACCCGUAUCUUCCGCUUCUCUGAUAUUUCUGAAUACUUUCCGGGAAAAUUAUGUCCCGGCGGCAACCGGCUGCGGAGGAUCUGGUCUCCCCUGAAAAUCCCAACGCCUGGAUUUUUGAGGAUUAUGGUUUAUUAGAAGACAUACCUGUUCCUGGUGGUCAUCUUCCCUCACUUGAUCCGUCCCUCCCUUGUUCUACUCCUCUCAGGUUCCUCUUUUCACUCCCUUUUUCUUCAUUGCUUAUGAAGUUUAAGGUGGGAUGGAAUCCAAUAGUAGUUGUAAAUCUCUCAUGUUUGAUUAGCUGAACUUUCAAGCAGGCGAAGUUCCAAGCUGGGAUCUUCUCAACAUUGUGUGUUGGAUUUACUGAAUCUUUUGGGAAUUCAGACAAUCUUAAUGAAAUAUGCUUCCGAAAACGAUGAGGUCUGGUUCAGGCAGUGCAUCUGGAUCCAAAGCUUGCAGAGAAAAGAUGCGAAGGGAUAAGCUAAAUGGCAGGUUUCUAGAAUUGGGUUGUGUCCUAGAUCCCGGAAGGUCUUCCAAAAUGGACAAGGCUGCUAUAUUGGUUGAUGCAGUUCGGAUGGUUACUCAAUUACGGGAUGAAGCCCAGAAACUGAGGGAAUCAAAUGAGAGUCUGCAGGUGAAGAUUAAUGAGCUUAAGGCUGAAAAGAAUGAACUUCGCGAUGAGAAGCAAAAGCUAAAGACCGAGAGAGAUAAUCUCGAGCGGCAAAUAAAGGCAUUAGAUUCUAAGACAGUAUUUGUGCCUCAAGCUACUGCUAUUCCAACUCCAGUUUCUACCCCAAGCCAAGUUGUCGGUGGCAAGCUGGUGCCCUUCGUUGGCUUUCCCAGAGUUUCCAUGUGGCAAUUCUUGCCUCCUGCUGCUGUGGAUAUAUCACAGGAUCAUAUUCUACGCCCUUCGGUCGCAUAAGCUGCCAGCCUGUUAUUUUGAGGUUGCCUUCUUCAGCACAAAGAACCGUUGUUCCUAAUUAUAUCCUUCAUUGAUACUUUUUACAUUUUUACUCCCCUUUGGAAGAAUAUGAGAAGUGAGAAGUGAAAGCAAUGUCUGAAGCUACAUUGGUUGCUAAGAUAACUUCUAAUUUUUGUACGACUAAAUUUUGGUCAACUAUUGUUGCUAAAUCUUUGAAGCUAGGUAUCCUCAAAGUUGGAAAGUGCUGAUUACAUUGGACUUAAAUUGUUUUUGUGUAAUUUCUACCUGAAACGAAGUAAAACCAGCUUAUUUGC